AUUUAUGUAUGGUUUCGAACGAUCAUACUGAACGAUAUUGAAUAGUGACAGUUGUGAACAUUGUUGAUCAUUAAAUAACCAGCUCGACGUUGUCCACUUAACAAUUGUCUAUCGUUCUGUAAACGACCUUUACAAAUUUCCGAUGAACAUUAUCACCCAGUAUAUCCACAGAAUUACAGAUCUGGCACAUGGACCAAAUGGAGUUCUGGAUUGAAAGCAAGCAGCGUUGGGAGAAAGAGAAGGAGAGAAAGAGAGAGAGAGAGAGAGAGAGAGAGGAAAGGACGGCCGGGAGGACGGGAGGGUGACCGCAUGCGCAUCCCUCAGAACAGCGAGUCUCGAGCCACCCCUGCCGAUUAUGGAUGUUUAGUAUCGACGUUGUUACUAGUGUGUCGUCGCUCGCUGCCGCAUCCGAUUGCAGGGUGUAACAAUCACGCUCAGUGCGAGGGGAGAAGAGAGAGAGAGAGAAAGAGAGAGAGUGGAAUACGUCCUUCCGUUCUAAAAGAUAAUGAGCGGGAUCGCGAGACGGCAGCCGAUGCCGAUCGGCGACACGCGAUCAUGCGUCCGCCUCGGUACCACGCCGCGUUAGCCUCGUCGUCGUUAAUCAUGAUUCUGCGUGACCUGCGACCCGCCAGGACGCCGUCAGCAGCAUGCCGUGCGAGGAAGGACACCGCCGCUCAGGAAGGACGCGUGCACGUGUCGCCGCGAUAGCGACCACGACGUUGCUUCUGCUCACGCUGAACAUCAAGUGCAUAGAGACUAACGAGAGUUUAAAGCGGGGAUGCAAGUUGGAAGGCCUUCACCCUCUUCUUCUCGUCACCUAUAAACAGAUCACUAUAUCUGUAGAUAAGAUCGGUGUACCUCACAAUGAACGGGUCACGGUGAGAUGUCGAGAGUUAGGUAAAUACAAGUUCAUCGGCGACUCCUUAUUGCAUUGCCACGACGGCACGUGGAACGGAAAAAUACCUUAUUGCGUGCCUACUACGUCCCUUUCUAAUUAUACCGAAGAUGUACCACCGACCAUUCUCUUCGGUCUACCCGCUGGUUCGGCCGCAGUAGAACCGACCGGUUCGCUCGCCGUUUUCCCAGGAAGUAUCCUACACCUGGAGUGCCUCUUCUCUAGGAAGUUGGGCAAUCCCGAGUGGACGUGGACCUCAACGUUCCGUCGAUAUCUGACGGGAUGGGCGAUCGCUGCACGGGAAAGAGACUGGAAGUAUCGCCUGUCGAUAUACUACGCCAAGCCUCAUGAUUCCGGGAUAUACACGUGCUCCACACCCAAAGGAUUGAACAACUCCAUAGGAGUCCGCGUCAUAGAUGUUCAAUGUUCGGUACUAGAGAUCCCGGAUCCACCAUUGAUCAGUCGCAUCGAGGGUAGCCGAAUGGGACACAAUGCUGUCUUCGAGUGUCCAGCGGGAUACAGACUGGAAGGUGCUUCUACUAUCACGUGCCAAUACAACGGCAAAUGGUCGGCGGACGUGCCGCAUUGCGAGGAAAUCGAAUGUCCACCGAUGGACAUCCCGGAUAAUGCGUUAUUGCAACUAAUCGAGCACAAUAAUACUUAUGGCGGUAGAGUUGUCUUCACCUGCAUGUGGGGACACAAGCUUUCGGGUCCGCAGAGCAUGAAAUGCGAAGGGGAUGGCAAGUGGAACGGAUCUAUGCCGACUUGUUUGGAGAUUACUUGUCCUGUGCCGGAAACGCCACAAGGCGGACGCAUCGUCGAACAAACGCGAUACUCUAAUGAAAAGCAGUAUCCCGGCAAAAUAUACAAAGUUGGCGCCUUAGUGAGAUUUGCAUGUCGACCGAAUCACCAAUUGAUAGGAGAAGCAUCUAUUAUCUGCACCGAGAACGGUACUUGGUCUCACCAUCCGCCCAUAUGUAAAGUAAGAUGUCCUUACCCAGGCGAUCCUCCUCAUGGCCGAAUCGCGCCUCUCAAAUUUUGGUACAAACCAGGAGAUAACAUACAGGUAACGUGCUCGCCUGGCUAUGUAACUCCCCUGGAGCCGGUGAAGAAGCCAUCGUGUCUGGAAAAUGGUGUUUGGAAUGCACCGCCGCCACCUUGUCGAUCUUACAAAGAUGUGUGAGAACGAAAAGGAAUACUCUAAGAAUCUCUCAUGGGACUAUCGCUAUUUUAUCUUAUACGACGAAAAACAUUCGAUAUUUAUUAUACGGGUAGCAAACAUGCAUAAAUAUUAAGAGAAACGUGGAAACUCGCGUGAAGCACUUGCUUCACAUUUCGAAUUGGUAGAUACGUUAUGUAAAGUUAAUGAUCUUAUCAGACGAUGAAUAUAAUUACAGUUUACGAUUUAUCGAAUCGAUAAAUAAUCACGAGUAGAUCACACUGGAAGAAGCAUCUUGCGUUAAACGUAGGCCACGGAACGAUCAGUAUUUUCUUUAUAAUUCUCUUCCAGACGUACAACGACUUUAAUAAAAGCAAAUCCCUUUUUCAUAA